AUCUGUAGUUUAUAAUAAAAUACAUGAGAAAUGAAACAGCUACUCUGGAUAAUAUUGUGUGUCAUUUUUAUUGCUCGAACUACUGUAAUAUGUGGACUUUUACCAUUCCAAAACACAAAUCUUUCUUGGGAUGAGCGAGCAAAUGAUAUAGUUAAAAGGUUGACCUUAGAAGAGAUUCAAUCCCAUUUAACCGAAGGGGGAGGAAGUGGUCAUAGUCGUCUCCCACCUAUUCCUAGGCUAGGAAUCAAACCAUUUACCUUUGAUACUGAAUGUUUACACGGUGUUAAUAACAAUGCGACUGGCUUUCCUCAGUCGAUUGGCCUUGCUGCGACGUUUAAUCCAAAACUCCUCUAUGAAAUUGGAAACGUAAUAGGUCGAGAAGCCAGAGCUGGAUAUAAUAAAUAUAGCUCCAAAGGACAAUAUGGGGUAGAUCAGGGGAUGGUUUGUCUUACGCCGGUAAUAAAUAUCAUGCGUCAUCCCCUUUGGGGACGAAAUCAGGAAACGUAUGGAGAAGAUCCUUUCAUGAGUGGCGUUCUAGCUGAUAGAAUAGUUUCUGGUCUUCAAGGCCCAAAGGAAUACAAGUACAUGCAGGCUGCAACUGGUUGUAAGCAUUUUGACGCAUACACUGGACCAGAAACAAUACCAUCCUCGCGUUUUUCCUUCAACGCUAACAUUUCUGACACAGAUUUGCAUAUGACAUUUCUUCCUGCAUUUAAGAAGUGCGUAGACGCAGGAGCCGCCGCCCUUAUGUGCUCCUACAAUGCAAUCAACGGAAUACCAGCUUGCGCAAACCGGCGUCUCCUCACAGAUAUUCUCCGAAAACAAUGGAAUUUUAAGGGCUACGUUAUAAGCGAUAUGGGAGCAAUCAGUCACAUUUACGACUCUCACCAUUAUACAUCAACUCUGAUUGAUGCUGUUGCUGAAGCUAUGAAUGCCGGAACAAAUUUUAAUAUGCCUGGAGGAAAAUCGCCCUAUUCUCUUUUAAUUGAAGCUGUAGGAAGAGGCCUGAUUAAAGAAUCAACUGUCAGAGAAGCUAUCAAGCCUCUCUUUCUUACUAGAUUAAAAUUAGGGGAAUUUGAUCCCCCUGAAUAUAAUAUCUAUAAUACCUACAAAUUUGAUGAUAUUAUUCACAACCGUGCUCACACGAACACGGCUUUAUUGGCUGCUGUUCAGAGUUUUGUCCUUUUAAAAAAUAACCGGGAAGCUCUUCCCAUUCGAUCAAAACCUCGAAAGGUAGCUCUUAUCGGUCCUUUUGUCGACGAUGCCAACCAACAAUUUGGAUCGUAUGCAGCUCACGUAGAACCGAAAUAUACAACAACCCCUUGGACCGGUUUAAAAAAUCUAGGAAAACUUGUUACAAAAGCAGAAGGAUGUUUCGAUAUAGGAUGCCACAAGUACGAUUCCCUCACCAUAGCUUCAGCCGUUAAUGAUGCCGACUACAUUAUUGCUUGUAUGGGUUUGGGAAGUUGGGAAGGAGAGGGAAAUGAUAGAGCAAAUUUAGAACUCCCAGGAAAUCAAACUCGUCUUAUAAUGGAUGCCGCUAAAACUAGUCUGUUUCAUUCAAAUAGAGAAUAG